GUCGGGUCUAGAAUAACUUUUUGAUAUUUCAUUCAUUGAAUGGUCAUUAAUGAAUUUUACCUGAUACUGCCAUUUGUUUUUACUUGAUUAUAAAGUAAUAAGACACCAAAGUUAUGAGUUCACUGGCUGCUGGAGGCUGCCAUGUUGAGAGAUAAAGUUAUCGCGCUUGCUAAAUAUUUCCCACAAUCCUCACUUUUAUGAUGUCUUCGGGGAGACAUUGGCUCUAAGUGUAAACAUUAUCAUGUUGGAAUCACAUCGUGAAAUUGUGCAAAUUAAGUGCUUGUGAUAUCAUUUUGAAUCUGAAUUUAAAUAAAGGAAAUAUAAUUUCACAUUCUAAUAUGCUUCUAGUGUUUCAGAAUUCAGGAAAAUAAAAGAAGGAAUUAAUAAUAAAAAGUCAUAAACUGGCCGGGAUUUAACUUUAAUUAAAAACUUAGCUGCAAAGUCAUAAACACAUUGACUCUAUACAUGUCUACACUACGUCAGCAGCGGCCAUGAUAAGGUUUUCACCAUGCUGCACCAAUUAUAAGCUAUAAAAAUUGAAUUUAUCUGCUAGCUGUUAUCAGCAGUGCAAUGUUGUAAGAUGCAGCUUUCUUUUUAUAUGAGAGCAGACUUUAAGUCACGAUGUGGAGUUUGAUUUGUCUGAUCUCCUUGGCGUUCACACCGGAAGUGACAUCCUAUUCUUAUGGACCUCCACUAGGGGCAUGCGCAAGAAUGUUUCCAAAAGGUCAUGGGGUCAAUUCACAAACAAGUGUCUCUCCAUAUGAAAUAUUGGUCAACGCAACGACAUACAAGCCGAAUGAUGUCAUCGAGAUAACGGUGAAUUCUACUGGCCUACACGAUGUGACGUAUUUUGAGGGAAUGAUGCUCCAAGCGCGCAGAAUUGCCUGCAAUGUGAAUGAUCCCACCAAGAGUCACGGCAUGUUCUCUGUCAUGGCGGGGGACCAAUUUCUGACAACAAUGGACUGUGAGAGUAAUGUGAAGAGUGCAGUGGUACACAUGAAUCACUCCAAGAUAGAGAGUAAAGUGUUCUACUGGAAAGCUGAUUUCUCAUCGCCUGUUGGUCAUCUCGUCUUCAGAGCAACAGUGGUAAAGGGCAAGACAACAUUUUGGGAGAAGGUCUAUUCCCCGGUGAUUAAGGACGAGGCGUCCAAAGCUCCACUGACCAUUUGUGACAGUGGGGCGGAUCUAGUGAAAAUCCAGUCUGUGUUCACAAUGCUCUCAGCCCUUAUACUGACAAUGUGUAUUACACUGUAGAAGGAAUUUUAAAAGAGUAUACUCGAAAAAAAAAAAAGAGAGAAACAAACACACAAGCAUAUAUCAAAAUAUUAUUAUUUUUAAAUAUCUGGUUAAAAAAAGGCGUUUUAUUUACUUUGAUUAAAAAUAUUUUUAUAUUCCAACCAAUUUUAAAGUUGAACAGGAAUCACCUUGUCUACCUGUCCGUUCGUGCAAUAUUUCCCGGUCAGUAACUUCAUAAAGAAGAAACAUUGCAAGGGCAAAAGAUUACAUUAACCCAAGAAUGCCUUUUUUUCUUGAAUGAAAGUUCAAAUUCACUGGUAGAAAAUGUUCACCUGUUCCUUCUACAAACAAAGAUUUCACAUGACCAGAGCUGUUUCAUGAUUUUUACUAAAGGUCAAUUAAACAGCGUUUUAGGAAAAUGAGAAAAAUGGGUUUUUUCUCCUUUUUUCAGGAGAGAUAUUUGUAGUUCUUUCAUGGAACUCUCUCCUGACUUAUUUUUUGAAAAUAUAAAGGGAUUAUAUCAAGUGAUUAUUGAUUAAGCGGAUUUGUAGAAACAUUACUUUAUACAUGUAGUAUUAACAGUCACGUACUAGUACUUAUCAAAAAAUAUCAAAAACAUGAUUUUUUUUUUCUUUUGAUAUGCUUAUUUUAGCUUAUGAAUAACAUUCAUUUAAAAAUGUAAAAUAUUUGCUCAUAGACCAUGCAAGAAAGAUAUUUAUUAAAAUGAUUAUGGUUAUGUUAUACAUUGUAUUCUCAAUGUCACAUGAUAAACACUAUAGCUUUGUAUUUUGUUUUUGCACAAUAAAUAAAUGAGUUUAACAAUGAAACAUCGUACGCAUUCCUUUCACAUGCUCAAAGUGUACUUAUAAAUGUGCAAGCAUGAUCAUACCUUCAUAUGCUUAUACAUAUUGAUGAGAGCUUCUCAGUUGCAUUAAUAUUUUUAACCUUGACCUUUCAAUUAACCUUGCCCUCACUUUUUCUCAAAAUAGCGUCUAGCUAAGUUUUAAAGAAACAAGUAAGAUAUUUUUGUACAAAUGUGCUCAUACAAAUUGAGGAAAGCUUUUAUCAACUUCGACACUUUUUGACCUUAACCUUUCCUUAUUUUCUCAAAUUUUUGUCUAGGCCAGUUUCAAAGAAACUAUUCAAGAUAUUUUUAUUAAAGCUUAUACACUGAUGCAUCAUUUAGUCAGAAUUGACCAAUGCUUAUUACUUUUGUUUGACCUU